AUGGCAGGCAUGGAGACGAAAAAUCAGGAUGAGGCUGCAAACAAAGUAUAUGAAAGCAUAUGUGGAGGACUUUCAUAUUUCAUUUUAGGAAAAGAUGCAGUUCCCGAGUUCGCCACAACGUUGCAGAACCUGACAGUUGCAGCCGGACGGGAAGCCAGACUGUCAUGCGUCGUUGAAAACCUGGGCAUGCACAAGGUGGCUUGGACGCACUACGGGUGGCACGGGCGGGCAGUAUUAACGGUGGACAACAAUGUUAUCACCAAGAACCACCGGGUGUCCGUCCUGCAGGAGGGGGGAGGGGCUGCCUGGACUCUGAUCAUUGCCAACGUCUCGACGACCGACCAAGGGACCUACAUGUGCCAGAUCAACACCGUCCCUCCCGUCAAGCGAUACGGCCACAUCAAAGUCGUCGUUCCCCCGACUAUCACUGAGCCUCCCAGUGACGUCACUGUGUCUGAAGGAGAUGACGUCACGCUAAAAUGCGGAGCGACAGGUGACCCGGAACCUGUGCUGACCUGGCGGCGAGAAGACGGGGCAGCCUUCACGUUGAACAACACUCAAGUGCUGGAGGCGGCGGGGUCUCAGCUCGCCUUGUCGUCGGUGACCCGUGAAGACACCGGAGCUUUCCUUUGUGUAUCCUCUAACGGCAUUCCUCCAGCGGUGUCGGCGCGGGCGCAGGUCUUCGUGAAAUACCGACCAGAGAUCAUCGGAGGUUCGGGCGUGGUGUGGGCUGAGAUCGCGACCAAAGCCACGUUGGAGUGCAGGUACCGCGCUUGGCCUCGUCCGAAGGUCAUUUGGACGAGGAACGGGGUCGUGAUGGGCGGGGCCGUGGAGAGUGUCCACGCAAAUGGAUAUGGAACUUCUAUUCUGGUAUUGAACACGAUCGAGACAGACAGUUUUGGUCACUAUCACUGCACUGUCUCUAACGAACUCGGAGAAAACACCACAACUUUGACGCUUAUCGACGGAAUGGCUCUGGAGAAGAAGACCUCCUUUAUCUCCCCGGCCACAUCCUCCUCGUCAUCUUGGCAACGCCCCACCAACUCCCCCGGACCCUCAGGCACAGACGCGCCCCUCACGCUACGUGCAGGAUGCCGCCCCGCCCAGCGACCCCCGCCCGCCGCUGCUCCCGGCAAAGCCUUCAGAGGGGCCAAGAACAUAAAAAAGCGUAAUUACUCUAAGGGUCCAACAUUUCCUAUGCUAAGUCGUGAGCAGCACCUCAGCAGGCGAGCCACAUUGCCUGCAGCAGCUGAUGGGCGUCCUCCCCUGUUUGAUAUAUAUUCUGCCUGGCCUCUAUCUCCACGUCUUCUAUUAGAUGAGGCGUUACCGGGUAUCGCCCUUGUAGCUGUUUGUGUUGUUAUUCAUUGCUCUACUGAAGUGAGUAAAGUUUUAGGAUAUCCUUGGCCACAGAAACAGGGGAAGGAAAAAACAUUAACGUAUGAGGUAAAAAGAUGUAAAACACCCGGCAGCGUCCAUUGUCCAGGUGACAGUUAA